AUGCAACGAAAUUCUCCCAAUGAUGGACAUGGUACCAACAAUGCAGAUAUUGUGGAAAUUGGAGCUUCAAAAUCGUGUAAUAAUUGGGUGAAAGGGGAGAAACUUUAUAUCCCACAUUGCCAGCCAAGAUACAAUGGAAGAAAGAUUUGGUGUUGUUAUUUCACGGCUGGAGAUCCUUGUUGGCCGGACAAAUCAUAUUGUGAGGCCAACUGCCCACUUCCACCUGCUCUACAAAUUCCUUAG